CCUGAUUAAAAGCAGCCACUGUGUUCAUAAAGAGAAAGCUGAUAUAUACAAGUUAAAUACAUACGGCAAGAUUUAGGUUAAUGCAGUAUAUCAAGAGUAUAACUACGGAUAUUGUACAUCAUUAACAAAGGAACAUGUGUUUAUAACAUGUAGAACAGUGUUAAAUAUACAAAGAUGUCCGUGUAAAUUGACAUUUUUCAUGUAAAGUUUUGGUGUAUGCUUUAUUACAUGUAAUGGAAAGAAAUGGAAAGGUUGACUCGAAAAACCAGAUGACAAUAAGAGAGAUGAUGUUCACCUCUCCAUAGGCUGCGGCUGAACAUAAACAUCAAGGUCAGGGGUCAAAACCAUGGUUACACUGAAAUUGCUAUGGCUGACCAUAUUCACCAUAGCAACAAGUGUGGAAUACACUUUAAUGUGCCCAGCACAAUGUCUGUGUCGGAUAAACGAUCAAACGAGUCAUGUGACCUGUGCCAACCAAUCACUGAAACUGAUUCCGGGGAAUAUACCAAUCACAGUUACAGACCUUGAUCUCCAAGGCAACAACUUAUCUAGUCUUACCGAUGUCUUUCAAAAUUUCACACAAGUGCAAACAAUUAAUUUAAGCUUUAAUAAAAUAAAAGCAUUCCAGUCUAAAGAUUUCAAAUACAACAUACACUUGGAGCAACUAAAUCUGGCAGGAAACCUAUUACCUUCUAUUGAGGAAAAUUCUUUCCAAUAUUUACCACGGUUAAGAGGAAUUAACCUUGCAAAUAAUUCAAUUACAUCCUUAAACGGUGCAAUCUUCUACGGUUUAUUCAAUUUGGAGGACUUACAACUUGAGGCAAAUCAGAUUUCCAAUGUUUCCAGUGAUGCUCUACAGUUUGCUGACACAUUGAUACAUCUCGAUCUCAGUGCUAACUUCAUCAGGGAAUUACCAAACAACGUCUUUGUUAAUCUUCCAGCUUUACAAGAAAUCAAUCUUGGGAAUAACUUACUUACUACCUUCAAUGGGCAAAACAUGUUCGGUGAAAAUAAUGUGUUGCGUUCUAUUAACAUUUCACAUAACGCUAUUCGAGACCUGUCGAAUCUGACUUUUCUGCAGUUAACGACUUUGGACCUGAGCUGGAAUAACCUUUCUCACCUUACAGAGGAUUAUUUUGAAAACCUUGAAAAUUUGACGUCAUUGGUUUUAGAUGGCAAUCCAAUAGAUAUGAUAAACACAGCAGUAUUUGAAAAGCUGAAAAAUUUACAAAGCCUCUCAUUGUCAUAUAUGCCCAAUCUUUUCUAUUUGUCAAAGUCAACUUUUGUUGGGCUUGGUAUGCUGGAAGUUUUAAAACUCUCAAACAAUCCCCUCCUGUCUUUCAUUCAUAAACAAUUAUUGCUACCCUUGAAUUCAGUCAGCAUUAUUGAUAUGAGUUAUAACAGUAUAUCUUCACUUCAUAAUGAAACAGUAUUUGAGAAUUCACGCUUGAUCAGUCUGGAUAUUACAGGAAAUAAUUUCACGUGUGACUGUGCAAUAGAGUGGCUAAUUUUAAAUUGUCAGUCAAACCAAAGUUUAAUUGUUCAUUCGGAAGAAAUAAAAUGCGUUUCUCCGCAUUCUAAUGCAGAAAUGUCAAUAAUGGAUAUAAAUGUGGAUGAACUUCAUUGUAGCGAAGUGAAAAUUCUCAACCAUUCAACGGAUAGUGCUUUCGAACUUGGAAAACCUGCCCUAUUAAAAUGUGUCGCUUCAAGUAACCCGGCACCUGAAAUAGUUUGGAUCACCCCACGGAAAAAUAUUCUUACAUUUCACAACUUUCAUCACCUAGCAGCAACGGAAUACCUCCAUCCUGAAGAUCAGGUAUUACUGAUGGCCUCUAGUAAUGCAGACGGAUCUUAUCAUUCAGAAUACGAAUCUAAGAAUGAUCGGAUUAAAAUUCUGGCUGAUGGAUCUUUAUUUAUUGAAUACUUUUUGAGGAGUGAUGGCGGACCUUACAAAUGUGUCGCCAGAAAUCCUCAAAACUCUACGGAAAUUGUGAUAAACGUAACUGUUGAUUACGCAGUGUUAAAUAUGGUAAAAAUAUGGAGUUUCAUCGUAGGAUUUUCAAGUGCCGGUGGAUUUUUUUUGCUAAAUUUAACCUAUUCUUUAACGCUGGCAGCUGUAAGACGCUGUGUAAGUCAGCGGAGGCGAGAACGUAUUCGACAUAUCUUUGAGAACAUGGACCAGUAUAAGACGGCUCAUUUGGCGAGAAUUAAAGAAAAUUAUAAUCAUCAGGUUGGGAGAAUUCGUGAUCAAUAUAACUUUCAAUUAGGAAGACUGAGAGAGCAUCACCAAAAUCAAGUGGGGAGAAUGGGGCGUAUGCGAGAGGGCGCUUCUCAAAGAGUUGAAAAAUUGAAAGAUAAUUACAACAAUCAAUUAGGCAAAUUAAAAGAUUAUAGUUCUAGUCAAUUGCUUCAAUUGAGAGAAAAAUAUAACAGUCAAGUAGACAAAAUCAAGGACUACGGCAAUGACAAAUUGGACAGGAUUCACGAAAAAUAUAAGCUAAAACAACAGCAUGUGAUAAAACUAAUUGAAAUGAUGAACCUUGACAGCUGUCGAACAGUUUUUGAAAGCGAGUGCGUACGAACUGAGUCAAUGAUAUUACAUUCAGAUUUAUUCCCUGCUGAUGUCCCACUUCACAGCAGAUCUGGUUCACUCAGUACGAGUGAUUCCGAGUAUGUUACAGCCACAAGCUCAGAAUCAUCAUCCAUAUAUUCAAGUAAGCAAAAUAUCGAUCAAGAUAGUGAGAAUGUAAAAAGUGAGAUUGACAGCGAUCAAUCAUGUCCAAUCAAUCCUUAUUUACCUGAAAGUGAGGAUAACUACGAUGCAAACCUACUGCAACUGAUGAGUUCUAACAAUGAAAGCUUACCAAAUGAAAAUGAUCCUGGUACAUCAACUGGUAUAAAGCCAGUCAACACUAAGCAAAAGCAUAGUCAAAGACGGCAUAAAUCACACAGAAAGCACAAAACUAGAGGCGAAGCCUCAGCAGAAACUCAAAUACUUCAUGAUUAUUGCAGUGAUAAUGAAAGAAACGAAGCUUUGGACAGUGUAGACAGUCGCGUGAAAAAAAGCAAACAAAAAGUCGUCAAAGACAAUGAUGCAAGGGAAGUAGAAGGGAAUGUAAGUGAAACAGAAGAUACAGUCUGGCAUACAGGUAGCAAUGCUAUACUUGCUAAACAUACAACUGAUGACUCAAACACUAUAGGUGCACAUUCUAUAAGUCAGCAUGUGAACCCAAGUCAAAGUCAGACCAGAAGAAGUAGAAAACAUAAGAAACGAUAUAAAAGUGAAAGACCUAGUUAUAAUGACAGUCAGGAAUCUACAAAACAUGAGGAUAUUACUAUUGAUAUAGGUGAUGAAAACGAUGAGUUUAAUAACUGGACUAUAGGUGAUGAAAACGAUGAGUUUGAUAACUGGACUGUCAAAGAAUCUGUUGUGUAAUUAAAAAAACGUUGUAGGUAAUGGGCCUGAUUAAACAUUUGUCCAUUCCCAGUCCAUUUCCUAUUGCAAAUGUUGAUUUAUAAUUAUAUGUUUUAUUGGUGUAAAUCUGGAUUUUUUUGUGUAAAUCUUAUUGGUGUAAAUCUGGAAUUUUUUUUGUGUAAAUCUGGAUUCACAUGAUGUUAUUGUUGUUAAAUAUGUGUGCUGAACUUUUUUUGAAGUGCCAAAAAUGGUUACACUUUAUAAACUAAAAUUUUAUAAUUUGGCGGAAAAUUGAUGACGGCUAUUCUGAAACUGUUUUCUUUAUCAUACAUAGAACCAAAAUGUUUGACUGGGACCAUCAUGUACAGAAACUUCUGGGAUAUGAACUUAUACAAAAUAUAACCUACAUAUCUCAUAAUGAUUUGAUUUUUUUUGUUGGUGUUUGAGAGCUUGCAACAGUUAUAGCCAAGGAAUAUAUUCGUUUAGAAUGAUGGGUAAAUGAUUUACUUCUCAAUUAAACAUUUAGUUAUUUGAUUAUUUGGAUAUGAUAAUUAUAUAUAUACAAUUAUUCAGAAAUACUGAAAACUAUGUGGAGCUCAUAUGAUAAUUGCUGUGUCAUGCAGAUAUUAAAUUUUCAUUUAUUCAUUUUGUCAAGUAUCUUUCAUUCCAAUAUUCAAAGUAAAUGUAUUCAUAUUCCAUAACUUUUAUAUAGGCCAGGAAAUUAGCAUUCUAGUUAAAGAGCAGUCUGUAACAAUAAACAGAAAAUAUAAAAUAUGCAAAAAUAAAACAUACAGAGUACAUGAUUCUAACUGUUUCAGAAUGCUGUGUGCAUUCAAUCUGCACCUUUUUGGUGCUACCUCUUUUUACAUUUCUUUACAAAUGUACAGAGAAAGCUUGGAGCUAUAACUGCUCAUUUUCUCUCAUAUUUUCCCAUGCCUUAUCUUUUUUUGAAAAUGAAAUGAACAGAUUAUUUUUUGGGAGGUAACAUUUUACCAGAAGCAAGAUACGGACUGAAUCAAUUCAUCAAUCUAACAGAGAACAUUGCACAUGGAAUUUUGUUCUCAAUAACAUGAAUCAAAACAUAAAAACAUUUGAGCAUCUGACUGCCUAACCAGUUAUUUAUCAAUUUUCUCGAUAUGCCUACAGCUUCACUAUUUCUCAAUUAAAAUACAAUUAUAAACAUAUCUUUCAUCUUGAAAAGCCCAUUGUCUUAAUGGCCUGAGCUCAAUCUAUCAUAAUCUGGAACCAAUUUAACACAAAUUUUAAGUGAAUAAAAGGUUUUCAGGAAAACUGCAGAAUCUUUCAAAAUUUUCUGCCAAAACAAAAACACAUCAAGCAUCAAACUAUAAACAAAACAAGGCCAGAGUACUUAUCUACAUCUGUAAAUAACUAUUGUUGUAAAAGUCGAUGCCGUCAAUUGGUAAUUAACUUAGAUUCUUACGCAUCUGCCAUCAUUUUAUUGUUCACUAUGUACAGCUACAAUAUUAACCAGGUUUGAAUUAUGUAUGAAUCAGAUAUUUAUCGUAAUCACAUUAUCUUUUGAUGCACAUAAACAGAAUCAAGACA